AUGAGUAAAGUUAAGGGAGUCUUCCCUUUGUUCUUAGCCACAGCCUUUGGCAUUGGCAAUGGUAUCUGGGUUUUUGGACCGGCGUUGAAAGAGCAACAAGAGAACAAUUUGCAGGAGAAGGCAGCCCUUGAACAUCCGAUUCAAACUCAAGAAAGCGAGACGGCAAGGAUAGCAGAAGUAGAAGCAAGUCGAGCUGCUAGUAAAGAUGCCUUAUUGAAUUCGUCCAGCACUGCAAGUCCUUGGUGGCAGUCUGCUAGAUUUUGGUCAAGCCCUCAGCCACCAUCCAACAGCAGCUCGGGAUCCCAGCCAAAAGAACUGGCCACCGAGGCGAAGAAAUCAUGA